UUCAUUUACCCUCAAGUUUCCUAUUAAUAUGCUCUUGAGCUUGCACUUCUCUCACUCAUGGCAACCGUAAGCGUACAAAACUAUCACACUCUCCAUUUUUUCAAUCUCUCUGAGUUUGUUGCAUCAAAAUAUGGCUGGAGCAAGAAACAAUGAAUCUCUUGCUUUAGUCUAUGAAGAACAACCACAGGCUCUUGCCAUUCUUGCACCCAUUGUGUCCUCUUACAAUGAGAGGAUACGUCCAGUUCUGGAUGCUAUGGAAAAUCUAAGGCGUCUCAACAUUGCAAAGGAGGGAAUUCAGCUUCCUUCCAUUGUUGUUGUUGGAGAUCAAUCAUCUGGGAAGUCCAGUGUUCUUGAAUCCUUGGCUGGUAUUAGCUUGCCACGUGGCCAAGGGAUAUGCACCCGGGUACCAUUGAUCAUGAGGCUCCAAAACCACCCUCUCCCACGUCCUGAGCUUCUGCUGGAGUACCAUGGCAAAAUCAUCAUGACUGAUGAGGAAAACGUCUCUCAUGCCAUCAAUGGUGCAACAGAAGAGCUUGCUGGCCAUGGCAAAGGGAUUUCAAAUAACCCCUUGACUUUGGUGGUGAAGAAGAAUGGUGUUCCGGACCUCACAAUGGUUGAUCUUCCUGGUAUAACCCGGGUUCCUGUUCAUGGGCAACCCGAGAAUAUUUAUGACCAGAUUAAGGACAUUAUCAUGGAGUAUAUUAAGCCAGAAGAAAGUAUCAUCUUGAAUGUUCUUUCUGCCAGUGUUGAUUUCACCACCUGUGAGUCCAUUAGGAUGUCUCAGAGUGUUGACAAAACUGGGCUGAGAAUAUUGGCUGUGGUUACAAAGGCUGAUAAGUCUCCAGAGGGAUUGCUAGAAAAAGUGACUGCUGAUGAUGUUAACAUUGGUUUGGGUUAUGUUUGUGUCCGAAACAGGAUCGGUGACGAGUCUUAUGAAGAUGCUCGAAUUGAGGAAGAGAGGCUUUUUGAUUCCCACAGAUUGCUGUCUAAAAUAGACAAGUCUAUUGUUGGAAUUCCAGUUUUGGCUCAGAAACUGGUUCAAGUUCAGGCCAUGAGCAUUUCCAAAACUCUGCCUGAGAUAGUGAAAAAGAUCAAUGAGAAACUGGCAAAUAAUUUGUCCGAGUUAGAAAAUUUGCCAGCAAACUUGUCUUCUGUUGCUGAUGCCAUGGCUGCCUUUAUGAAUAUUAUUGGACGGACGAGGGAAUCCCUCAGAAAAAUUCUUCUUAGAGGAGAAUUUGAUGAGUACGGUGAUGAAAACAACAUGCAUUGCACUGCUAGGUUGGUGGAGAUGUUAGAUUCUUACUCACGUGAUCUUUAUGGUUGUCCUGAAAGUGAUGCUACCAUGAACUUUCUCGUGGACGAGAUUAAGGUGUUGGAAGAAGCAAAGUGGAUUGGACUUCCGAAUUUUAUGCCUCGCAUUGCAUUCCUCACUAUUCUGCAGAAGAAAGUCCGUGGUAUUAAAAGCAUGCCUAUAGGCUUUGUUGAAAAUGUGUGGGACUAUCUUGCGGAUGUAUUGACUACCGUUGUCACUCGCCAUAGUGAGAGCUACUAUCAGCUUUUGAUGUCUACAAAACGUGCAGUCGAAGUUAUAAUCUCCAAGAAGAAGCAACAUUCAAGGAAUCAUGUUAAAGAAGCAAUUGAAAUGGAAAUGUACACGGAUUACACGUGUAAUUCUGACUUUUCAGAAGAAUACAAUAGGCUAAUAUCUCAGCGAGCAGGUUUUGUGAAUGAAGUUUUGAGUGAGCAACAGCCAUCACAUGUGAAUCUGGAAGGUGUGGGAAGUAUUGAUGUUUCUCAUUUAAGACAAUACUCAUCUGCUGUUCUUGAUCAAGCAUUUGACCUUAAAGUGAGGAUGAUUUCAUACUGGAAAUUAGUUCAGAAGAGGCUUAUUGAUACCAUAGCGUUGCAUCUGAUGUUAAGUAUUCAUAAUCUUGUUAACACUGAUUUGGACAAAGAAAUUGUGCAUGAUCUGUUAUCACCAAGUGGUGGUGGGAUUGAAAGGUUAUUGGAGGAGUCGCCUUCCAUCGCUGGGAAGCGUGAAAAGCUGAAUAGGAGUGUUAGAGUGCUCAGAGAGAGCAAGGAUACAGUUGGAAAUAUAAUAGACAGUAUUGGAAGCUACGGUGGUGACUUUUAAGAGUGUUUUUAUGUUGUUCAUCAGUUUUCAGUCCCAAGUUUUAGCAGUCUAAGUUGUUUUUUUUUCUUCUUAUUUCAUUUUGCUGAUCUAUGGAAGUAUGCUGUUUUGAGUAAGA